CCCGCCCGUCCUCCUUUCCGGGCUCGCCUCCCGCGGCGACGACGCCGGCGCGGCGCUCCUCCCGCACUCCCCGCCCCCUGGCCUCGCGCUACUCCCGCCUCGGCCCCGCCUCGCGCUACCGGGAUGAGUGGUAGAGGGAGGAAGUCGAGAGGAUGGGGCAGCGCGCUCGACGGAGAUCGUCGCGGCGGCGCCCAAGAAGAAGCCUGCGGAGCUCCUGGUCCUGCCGCAACUCCGGCGACUGGAGCCGUCGAGUGCGGUGAGCGGCGAGGCUGUCGCCGAACCCCGCUCUGUGCUUCAGUUUCAUGACAACGGUACAAUUCAGCUUGUGGACCGGUUAUCGGAAUCUCCUCUCUGGGAGAUCUCCACAGGGCCUCCUCUUUCGAAUCACAUUACUAUCGGAGACUCUGCUAUGAGUUAUCUCAUAUAUCCUGUGAACGGAAAUGGGAACGAGAAUGGGACUGAGCUUUUGGAAGUUUAUAAUGGGAACGAUGAGAAACUUCCGUGGAAAUUGGAGGAUUUUGUCGCCAGAACUCCAUACAUACGGGAUUCCGUUGUUACUAUUGGGUCAAAAGCUUCAACUAUUUUUGUUGUUAAUGCUGGUAACGGUGAGAUUAUUUACAAGCGCAGCAUUCCAGCCGCCUUGAAUGAAUUGGAAGGGCCAGUGGUUGAAGGAACACCAUCCAAGUUAAAUGCUGGUACAAGUGAUGACAGCGCUAAUAUCAUAGUGCUCAUGAGAACUGAUUAUUCUCUCAGUGCAUCAGAUCUUGGCAAACAUUUGUUUAACUGGACAAGAACUUCUUUCACUGCAAACUACUAUAUGAAAUACAACCACCCUGACAUGCUUGACCAACCGUCCUUUCUGCGAGGUGAUAUUCCUUGCAUCAGAACUGAGGGUGUGCCAUGUGGACUUCCUUUACCUGAUUCAAGUUCAGCUACUGCAAUUGUCUUGAGAGAUGCGACCACAGUUAUCUCCAGGGAUGGUGCUGAUGUUCUGAAACCACUUCAAACCUUGAAGAAGUCACCACAAACUGCUGGCAAGUCUAAUGUGGUCUUGGACGGUGCUCAAAAUCAAACUUAUGACAGUGCUCUGUCUCAUUUCUUCUCUGCUGAUCCUGAAGUAAACAAUAAGUUCACUAAAAGUGCUUACAGAUGGUUAUUCCUUGUGCUUCCUUUAUUGAUGGUCAUAGGUUGUCUGUUGAGCUUGAUCUCUGCAAGCAAGUAUUGCAGGCAAUUUGUGUUUCAGCUUAUGAAGCCAUUCAUGCGUGAAAAGAAACCAAUGGACAUUAGAGGGAGGUCGGAAGGAACACCUAAGAGAAGAAAAGCACGGAAGAAAGAUGAACUUAUCAAAAGCCAUGAGAACUUGUCAGCAUCUGACAAGGAGAGCAGUGAAACUGGUGGGUCAACUGAGACACCAAUUAAGGAAACUUCUGCACUAUCGAAUAAGGGGAUCACAGAUAGCCUUGAUGGUCGUCAGAUUGGUAAACUCUAUGUCUCCAAUAAAGAAAUUGGUAGAGGGAGCAAUGGCACAGUUGUUUUUGAGGGAUCUUAUGAUGGUCGUCAAGUUGCUGUGAAACGUUUGUUGCGUUCCCACAAUGACACAGCUGAAAUAGAGACACGGAAUCUUAUUUUAUCUGAUUGGGAUCCUAAUAUUAUUAGACUGUACAGUUUCGACCAUGACAGUGAUUUCAUUUAUAUUUCCCUUGAGAGGUGCCACUGCAGCUUGGCUGAUCUAAUCCAAAAACACUCCUAUUCGUUUUCUGGAGAACCUAUUGUGAACAAUGAAGUUGCUAUCAGCACCAGGUCAAAUAUUUCAAAUGUGGAGGGAAUAGAUGUGGAAUUGUGGGCGCAGGAUGGGCUUCCUUCGGCACAACUCCUAAAGCUGAUGAGAGAUGUGGUUGCUGGUCUUGUGCAUUUGCAUAACUUGGGGAUUGUACAUCGUGAUUUAAAGCCUCAUAAUGUCUUAAUAAGCACAGAAGGACCUAUUAGAGCUAAGCUUUCUGAUAUGGGUAUCAGUAAGCGCCUGCAAGAGGACAUGACUUCUGUUAGCCAUCAUGGCACAGGAUUUGGAAGUUCUGGUUGGCAAGCACCUGAACAGCUUCAUCAUGGUCGUCAAACUCGUGCAAUGGAUCUGUUUAGUUUGGGCUGCCUUAUUUUCUAUUGUAUCACUAAAGGCAAGCAUCCGUUUGGUGAGUACUAUGAAUGGGACAUGAACAUUCUAAACAAUCACUUUGAUCUCUUUGUGGUGGAUUACAUACCAGAAGCAGUACAUCUUAUUUCUCAGUUGUUACAACCAAAUCCAGAGAUGAGACCAAAGGCAGUAUAUGUGAUGCAUCAUCCACUCUUCUGGAGCCCUGAAUUGCGCCUUCAAUUUCUAAGAGAUACCAGUGACAGAAUUGAGAAAACCAGUGAGACUGACAUCAUAAAUGCAAUGGAAAGCAUAGGACCUGUGGCAUUCGGUGGAAAAUGGGGAGGUAAACUGGAUGCUUCUUUGGUUACAGACAUGGGUCGUUACAGAAAAUAUAACUUUGAGUCCACGCGUGACCUUUUGAGGUAUAUCAGAAAUAAGUCAGGUCAUUACAGAGAGCUUUCAGAGGAUCUCAAGGCGUUACUUGGGUCACUGCCGGAGGGCUUUGAUCGCUAUUUCUCAAGUCGAUUCCCAAAGCUGCUAAUUGAAGUCUACAAGGUCAUGUGUGUGCACUGCAAGGAUGAGGAAGCUUUCAGUAAAUAUUUAAAUGGAAGCUCGGUAUAACUGUAGGAGAUGCAGACGCCCCCCCCCCCUCCCCUAUCGUAUAUACUGACACCUGACCUAGGGAGAGUAUGUAUGUACAUGUGAUUUGUAUCAUAUAAUCAUAGAAUAAUAAAGAGGGCUAAAUCUGUACAUUAUAUCCCCCUAUUCCACAGAGUUCUGUUGUCAAUAAACUAAAGCUCAAAUCUUUCUCUCUCUCUUU